CAAUAAUAGCGCAUGGCAAAGCAUAUACUACGCAUGCGCGACCACGUAUGUACAAUGUUCGGUCGACAACACAACUGCCAACAAACAUUUCAGUGCCUUUUUUAAAGUAUUGUUAGGAGUGCAUUUGUUUACUGCAUUUAUUACACUAUGUCGUCUGGUGGAUGGGAAUUAGUUGGAAGAAAUAAAAAAGAUAAGAGCAAUGGAAAGAUCAAUAAACUUACUAAGGCGGAAAAAAAGAAAUUUAUCGAAAAUGCGCCAAAAGUAGAAGAUUUUCUUCCCUUGAGUCAGGUGAAAACUUUAUAUGAUAAUUUGGAUAACAAUAAAGAAAAUAAGAAGCCAUCAAAGGAAAAGGAAAACAAAACUAAAGAAAAUGAAGAAAAAAAGAAGCAACAAAAACUACAGCACUCUGAGAAGAAGAAACAAGAACCUAAAGAAAAACCACCAAAAUCUAUAAAAGAUGCAUUGAAUAUGAUUGAUGCAGACGAAAUACGUAAUGUUUUAACUACUGGUCAAACCAGAUUCCCAGAAGCUCCAUUGAUUUGGCUAAAAGAUCUUGCUGCUUUCUUAAAUGUGAAAAUACCAGUUGAUAAGGAAGAUGCAAUCUUUUCUGGAAAACCUAAAGAUUACCCAUUAAGUAUAGUACCUAAACCAAUUUCUACCACUUUGGAAAAAGCUAUUGAAAUGGCAGGAAAACAAACUGCACAACUCUUUUAUGAAAAUACUCUUACUACAAUGGCCACUGAUAUGGUUAAAGGAUCAGCAGCUGUGGGUCAUAAAAUAUUUUUACAACUUUUAGCACGUAUUAACCCUGAAAUGACUGUUGCUAAUAUUCCUAAAUUGAUUACCGUGAGAAACUCUUAUCAAAAUAGAAAAACCAUUGGUUUGUCUUUGCUAUGGGCUUUAUCUCAAGGUGGUAGAAAAAACUUGGCUGUGGGUUUGAAAGUAUGGCAUGAAGUAAUGUCUCCCAUGUUGGAGACAAAAAGUUAUUCUAGUUACAUUGCCCAAAUUCUUAAUGAUCUUGUUUUUGAGCAUGGAAAUUGUUAUGAUCUUAAACCAGAACUUUAUCUUGACAUUGUCGAAGAUACAUGUUCUGGAAAACUUAAUAUUCCUGCCAAUGUGGGCAGAGAAAUAAAUAAUAGUAUGGAGAAAUUAAGAUCAAUAUUAAUUAAGAAUAAAAAUAUAAGUUAUGUGAAGUUAUUUGAAAUGUUAAUGGGCAAAAUUACACCAAAAGUACAUGCAAACUACAGAGAUGAAUUAGUGAAAACUCUUGUAGAUUGUUUGGCUACAGAUUCUUUAUGUUUUUCUGCUUGGAGGUCUUUCUAUGUUAAGAAUUUAUAUCAAUCUCAUCUUCUUUUAACAUAUAUCGAUGCAAAAUGGAGUAUUUUAUGUACAAAACUAGAAACAAAAUGUUUAAAAGAAACCUGUGUAGUAUUCCAGGCAACAAAUGAAAGGUGGAAGAAGGGUAGAGACGAAAAUCUGGCUAAUAAUUGCAGUAAAAUUUGUAAGGUAUUGUUAAUGAAAAUGACAGCUUCCACCGAUAAAAAAUUUCCUUGGAAAAAAGGAAUUAUUUUGUUAUUACUUCUUACUGCUGUCAUAGUCGGUUAUGAUACUUGUAAACAAGGCUGUUUUAAAGCACCCAAUACAAGUAAAUGUCUGAGAAGAACUAUAUUAUAUACAUAUGGGCAGCAGUCAUGGACAAUAGUGCAAGAAUAUUCCUCUAAAGGUCUUGAAUUUAUAGAAGCUACUUCUCCAGAAUAUUAUAAAGCAACCAUUGACACGUGUAAACCUUACAUGAAAUUAGCUGGAGAUGUUUAUCUUGUGAUGAAAAAUGUUUUCUUCAAAAUUUAUGAAAAUGUUGCAGAAUAUAGUAUAAAGAAUGGACCUGUGGUUUUAGAAACAAUUGAAUAUUAUGUUCCGGGAAUGUUAGGUAAAAUUCGUUUGUGGAGUAAUCAGGGUUUAGAAUUUGUAAUAGUAUACUCAAACUUAUACGCUGAAAAACUUACUGAAUAUUCAGUUGCAACAUUUCGAUGGCUAGAACAUAAUGUUUUUGUAGGAAAAUUAAGCCCUGAAAAUUUACAAAAUUAUGCUUCAAAAGCAAUUGAUACAACACAAUCAUUGGCAAGUCAGACAUAUGAUUGGGUGUAUGAAAAAAUGCAAACAGUCUAAAGUUUCAUGGAUGAAAUUCAUUAGAUGUUGCAAACUGAUUUCCUCUGUGAAAAUCUCCCACACCUCAGCAUUUAGUUUUAUGAUUCCGAAGUUAAAAUAUUACAUAUUUCCAAAUAUAUUGUGGCGGCCAUUUUACCUGUGAUAUUUGAAACAUGUAUAAUAUUCCAAUGAAUUAUGAUAUUUUAAAAACCUGCAAAUUUUAUGAGAAUGUCAGUUUUUUUAAAGUUAAUAUCUAUGUCUAAAUAAUGAUUAAAGUAAUAUAUAGACUAUUUUAUUUAG